AUGAGGAAAAUUACUUUAUUAUCUAUCUAUCUAUCUAUCUAUCUAUCUAUCUAUCUAUUUCAGUUUGUUUAUAUCUAUACAUCUAUCUGUCUACCUCAUUCUGUUAAUAUCUUUAUUUCUGUCUGUCAAUCUCUCUCUCUUUCUCUGUGUGUGCGCGCGCGCGCACGUGUGUGUGCAUAUUUCAGUCUCCUCAUAUCUAUCUAUCUAUCUAUCUAUCUAUCUAUCUAUCUAUCUAUCUAUUAUUCCAGUGUGUUCAUUAUCUAUCUAUCUAUCUAUCUAUCUAUCUAUCUAUCUAUCUAUCUAUCUAUCCCAGUUUGUUCUUAUCUAUCUAUCUAUCUAUCUAUCUAUCUAUCUAUCUAUCUAUCUUCUGCAUUCCACCACAAUAUCCUUAUUUUUCAUUUAGUCCUUUCGCUUUUAGAUUCUUCCUUUCUUUCAUUUAUUCAUUGCAUAAUUGUAUUCUUCCUUUUAUUCUUUGAUUAUUUAUUUAGAUAUAGGUUUUUAUUUGUUUCUUUUUUCUUUUAUUGUGCAAUUGUAUUCUUCCGCAGUUGUUCAACUUUCCAUUCUUUUCUACCUUUCUAUUUUCUUUGUUUUUUAAGUUUUUCUUUUUUUUGUUUCAUUGUUUCUUUCAUUUAUUGUUUACUUUGUUUCUUCGGGGCUUUUCUUUGUCAUUUUCUUUAUCUUUCACUUUUCAUUUCUUAA